AUGAGGGACCUUGGAAAUGGCGAGGGUGACUACGUGGCAGACGCACUAGGGAGAACCAUGCUGCUUCCCACUGACAUGGAUGUACUGAGGAAAAUGAGGAUGCAGGAGGCUCUCCAGGCCACCUAUAGGAUGGAGGAAGAGGUGAAUAAUAAGAGCAAGGCGGCCGAGAAUGAACGCACCAAGCGCAUAACGGCCGCGAAAACUCUCCAAGCCUCUGAGGAUGAACUCACCAAGGCCAAGGCUGACCUAACAGUUGCUAUCAGCGAAAGGGAUAGCGCCUCGGCGGGCCUAGCUAGCACCCAAAAACAGGCCGUGGACCAAACAAAACGUCUACUUAAAGCCGAGGAUCAGUUGCAAAUAGCUAAAGAUCUGAUCGAGGAUUUAAAUAAAAAGCUGGCCGCGGCCGAGCAUGACAAAGGUGUGGCGGAAUAUGCCCGUGACGAAGCCAUAAGGGCCAAGCGUGAAGCCGAGUUUGCCAGAAAUGAGGCUGAGGUUGCCAAGGAAACGGCCGAGGAUGACGGUUAUAAUGUGGGGGUAGCUGAAACCCAAGCCAUCCUUAAAGCCCAGAUUCCCGGAGUAUGUAGGCUUUACUACUCCCAGGUUUGGGAAGAGGCAUUGAAGCGAGCUGGGGUGAACGCUUCAUCCGAUUUGUGGAAGGCGGAGAACAUAUUCUACCCUACAGCCAUCCGUGAGGCCACUUCCUCCAGCUCCGUGGCUAAGGGUGACCAACCCGAGGAAGGGGUCGCUCAGUCGGAAGACUUACAGGUUGGCGGCUCUCCUGGCAAGACGCUCAAAGAGGGAGAACUUCAGGAUGUGAUAGAAAUAUCUCAGCAUACGGAUCCUGAAGCACCUAAAGAGGUUACUGAGCCCGUGGUUGGUACUCAGAUGCCUAAUGCUGAGGAACCAGCCAUACUUGCUUAG